AAUUUGUUUUUGCUUUGGAUCCCAUACCCUCUUCUCCACUUUUUUAAGUUUUACUUCUCACACUCUCUCUCUCUCUCUCUCUUCCUACUCUUUUUAAAUUGGUAGUAAGCCCACGCUCACUUCCACCAACAAAGAAAGAAAGAAAGAGUGAAAGGAAGAGAGAAAGACACUCUACAUUUUAAAACCUUUGAGGCUCAGCUCAAGUCAAUAUCUCCCAGAUUCUAACACCUUCAACAGAUUCUACUACCAUAAUGGAAGAAUACUAUAGGAGGAGUCAUGUUCCAGCUUUUGGGAGCUGGGAUUGGAACGAGGACUUGCCAUUCACACAGUGCUUUGAGUCAGCAAGGCAAGCUGGGUUGCUUCGUUACAGUUACUCUGAAGAGCGUGAUUUGUACGUUGCUGGUGAUUUGUAUGAGAACAAUGUGGUCACACCCGCCAUGAUUGUUGUUCCUCGCCGAAGGACAAAAGUCCGUGACCCUUAUGUGAAGGAAGGAAAGAAACAAAGCUGGAACAGUGACGUGAAGGAACCACUGAGUCCCUCUCCUCCACCAAGGCCAACCCCUAAACCUGUGGAUGAGGACUUGUACAAAAUCUCACCUGAGCUCCUUUAUGCAAAAACCAAAAAGAAGAGUGGAUUGAGAUUGUUUUCAAGCUGCUUGCUACCAACUUGUUUUGAAUGAAGUCGCGAGAAGCCUGUUAUAAGGACUAUGUACAUAUAUGAGGGGAAACCAAAAAAAAAAAAAAAGAAAAAAAAAAUAGUGGAAGCAUAUACUUAUUUAUUUGGUGUCUAUGUAUUUGAGGGUUGGUUAUUUUAAUGGAUGUCAGCGGAGAUUUUGCUCCAAA